AUGUGGAAAAUAUUCUUGCUGUUGGUUCUUUGUAUCCUGCAAUUGAGCCACAUUGAAGCUCAAUGGAGUCGGGAGUACUGUGAGAAUAUCUAUAACGAUUGCCAACGAUUUACACCCAGAAUUGGACGAUUCGAUGAGACUAUAGAUUCAUUUAAUCGUCAUUGUCGUCGGGAGCGCAGAGGAAGGUGGAAUAGUGUGUCUCGAUGUGAAAUGGAAAAAGCCACCUGUCUUCUGAUUUUUCGACGCUGUGAUGAUAUGUCCUGCAACAACAUUGCAGAUGUCUUGGAAUUGUAA